AUGAGGCAUAUAUAAUAUUGGCUAUGUGUUAACUUACCAUUUUCACAAGGGGAGCGUUUUAAUUCAGAUUGAGCAACAACUUACAUAUGCAAGCAAUAAAAGAUCGACGACCGCUCUAAAGCCAGUACAAUCCGAAAUGGUCAGCAGCUAAAAAAUAGCAGCCCUGCUAGCCACUGACUCCAGAGCAGCUGUUCAGAGGAGUUCAGGAUGUAAAGUCGCCCAACGUGGCUCACCUGACUCCCAACACCUUACAACACUCUUGCAUUGCCCAAUAACAGCGCAGCGAGCUUUACCUGAGGGUCGGCGUGCAAAAUACCGGGAUAAUGGGAUGAUGAUUGCCCCUCCCCAACACAAAAGGCAGACCCGGAGGAUGAGUUUGACACAGACCUGGAAGCUGAUGAAAAAGAGGAGAGCAACAAGGAGACAUCCACCGCUGAAGUGUACCUGCAAGCCUGCAAACUGGUGGGCGUGGUGCCUGUCUCUUACUUCAUCCGAAACCUAGGUGCCCCCACCAUGAGCCUCAGCCACCAUGGGCUAGGACCUCUGGGGGGCAAGGCACUCGCCAUUGCAUUGGUGUCUGAUAUGCACAUCAACACCCUGGAACUGGCAGACAAUUACCUUCUAGCUGAGGGAGCCAAAUACAUUGUAGAGAUGUUGAGGGCUAAUUUCUCCAUUCAGUACCUGGAUUUGUCCAGCAAUCAUCUGCAGUCUGCAGGGGCAGAAUAUAUGGCUAAAAUGUUGCGCGAGAACAUUUCAAUAAAAUCUCUUAAACUUUCAGGAAAUGGAUUCACUGAGGACGAUGCUAAAUUCUUUGCUGACGCCUUAGCAAGCAAUGACAGAAUAAAAGAACUUGACCUGAGCCACAAUGAGUUCUGUGGAAGAGGAGGAGAGCAUCUGGGACAGAUGUUGGCAAACAAUGAAGGUCUGGAGGCGCUGGACCUAAGCUGGAAUCAUCUUAGAAUGAAAGGGGCUGUGGCGUUUUGUGCCGGGCUCAAGGUGAAUAUGACCUUGAAACACCUGGACUUAUCAUGGAAUGGUUUUGGGAAUGAGGGAGCACUGGCCCUGGGAGAGGCCCUGAAAUUCAAUAACACUCUGGUGCACCUUGACCUCUGCAACAACCGCAUCACCAAUGAGGGCGUGGGCAUGCUCUGCAGGGGUCUAGAGGCCAAUGACACGCUCCGAGUCCUGCUGCUGGCAUACAACUCUUUAACAGUAGAGGGAGCUCUGGCCCUGGUUAAUGUGGUGAAGAACACACCUAAAAGUGCUUUGGAGGAAAUCAACAUAUGCAAUGUGCUGGUGAAUGAGAACUUUGUGCAGCUGCUGGAGCUGACAUGUCAAGAGCAUCCCAGCCUGGAGGUACAGUACGGAGGGGUGGGAGGCUUCAUCGCUAAGAAACCACUAAAACGCCCCGAUCCAAUGAAAGUCAUCCAGGAUUAUCUGGAUCAACGCAAGCUCCGCCUGUGGGAUUUCUUUCGGAACAUUGAUAAAGACGGCACCAUGCGAGUCCCUGUCGCUGACUUCAGGAAGGCGGUGCAGCAAUCCAGCAUUCCCUUGGAUCGAUACUUGAUUGAAGAGCUGAUUCAGAGACUGGAUCGUGAUAGGACAGGAAUGGUAGACUACAGGGGACUGGCAGACACGAGGAAACAGAUGAUGAGGGAUCACCGCCGCCAGCUGCGGAAGGUCGAGUCACGUCAGAAGAAGGAGAAACAGAAGAGCGAGCGCAUCCUCAAGACCUUCCAGAGUGCCGUGGAGGCAGUUACGCCCCACAGCUCCAUGGUCAUUUCCCCCGGGGGUGCCAAAGAGGACUCGAGUGGCCCGCAGCACUUCUCUGCCACCCCUCUCAGUUCCUGGCACCACAUUGUCAUGUCCAAUAGUAGUCGCUACUCUGUCACCAACAUGAGCAGUGAGCAUGUCCACCUGCCCAUGCUCGGAGGAAUGUCUCACCAGCGCCCCCCCAGCUCCCCAGCCAUGCGCUCUUACUCUCAACCUAACCUGCUGGAUGACUCGCCCCGCUCUGCUCCUGGGAAGCCCAUCUCUGCCCAGGGUAUACACUCUGAUCCAGAGGUGGACCACAGCAAACUGAGCCCCACUAACCACCUGACCAGGUCCAGGCCUGCUCUUAAUGCCAAGCAGCCAGUGGCUAAAGCUAAAACCAACAAAGGCAAGAAAAAGAAAAGUAAAAAACAUAAGGAUAAAGAUGCACAGAAUCCUGCACAAACUAUCAAGUGACUGAGCUUGAACUCUAACACAAUGCUUGUACUGUUAUGAUUCUGUCUGACUAAAAAUGUUGGCAACCUCUUAACACAAUUGCUUAAUAAAUAUUAGAGAAA